GGGGGACGCGCUGCCGGGGAGCUGCCGGCCGGCCGCCGCGGCAGCAUGGACGUGACUAUUUCGGAGCUCUUGGAGCUCUUUCUGCAGAGCCCGCUGGUGACCUGGGUGAAAACGUUCGGCCCAUUUGGAAGUGAAAAUGAAGACAAGCUGACUAUGUACAUGGAUUUAGUGGAUGGCAUCUUUUUAAAUAAAAUCAUGUUGCAAAUAGACCCCAGGCCGACAAAUCAGCGCAUCAACAAGCACGUCAACAAUGAUGUCAACCUUCGGAUACAAAAUCUAACCAUCCUGAUUAGGAGCAUUAAAACCUACUACCAGGAAGUCCUCCAGCAGCUCAUUGUUAUGAAUUUACCCAAUGUUUUGAUGAUUGGCAAAGACCCUCUCUCUGGGAAAAGUAUGGAUGAAAUUAAGAAGGUGCUCUUACUGGUGCUGGGCUGUGCUGUUCAGUGUGAAAGGAAAGAAGAAUUUAUUGAAAAAAUUAAGCAACUGGACAUCGAAACCCAAGCUGGGAUUGUGGCACACAUCCAAGAGGUGACCCAGAACCAAGAAAACGUGUUUGACCUGCAGUGGUUGGAGCUGCCAGACAUGGCCCCGGAGGAGUUAGAGUCGCUCUCAAGGAACAUGGUGUUUCACCUCAAACGGCUCAUUGACGAGAGAGAUGAAUGCACAGAAUUAAUAGUGGACCUUACCCAGGAGAGAGAUUAUCUGCAGUCGCAGCAGCCACCCAGCCCUCUGAAGCUGUCCAGCACGGACUCCACACCCAGCCCGACCAAUAGCCUCUCCAGCGAGGACAAGCAGCACCUGGCCGUGGAACUGGCAGACACCAAGGCCAAGCUCCGGAGGAUCCGCCAGGAAUUGGAGGAGAAAUCAGAGCAGCUCGGGGAUGCUCGGCAUGAAAUCGAUCAGCUAGUGCUGGAACUGCAGAAAAUCAAGCAGGAGAACAUCCACCUUGGGGCUGAUGCCCGGUCUGCACGAGCCUACCGGGAUGAGCUGGAUUCUUUGAGAGAGCGGGCCAACCGAGUGGAGAGGCUUGAAAUGGAAUUGGUCAGGUGUAAGGAAAAACUGCAUGACGUGGAUUUCUAUAAAGCUCGAAUGGAGGAGUUGAGGGAGGAUAAUAUCAUCCUAAUCGAAACCAAGGCAAUGUUGGAGGAACAACUGACGGCCUCUCGAGCCCGAGGUGAUAAAGUCCAUGAACUGGAAAAGGAAAACCUGCAACUGAAAUCUAAACUUCAUGAUGUGGAAUUGGACAGGGACGCAGAUAAGAAGCGAAUCGAAGAGCUUUUGGAAGAAAACAUGGUUCUGGAGAUUGCCCAGAAGCAGAGCAUGAAUGAAUCUGCCCACCUGGGCUGGGAGUUAGAACAGCUGUCCAAGAAUGCUGACCUUUCAGAUGCAUCCAGGAAGUCAUUUGUGUUUGAAUUGAACGAGUGUGCCUCUAGUCGAAUUUUGAAGCUGGAGAAGGAGAACCAGAGCCUUCAGAACACCAUCCAGGAACUCCGAGAUGCCUCCGUGAUGACAGAAGAAAGCAAAUUAAAAUUUGUGGAGCUUGAAACAGAGAACCACCAACUCAGCAGAAAGAUUGAAAAGUUACAAACUCAGCUUGAAAGAGAAAAACAAAGCAACCAAGACCUGGAGACCCUAAGCGAGGAGCUGAUCAAAGAGAAGGAGCAGCUUCAGGGUGACAUGGAGACCCAGAAGGCUGAUAAAGACAGACAGAUAAAAGACCUUGAACAAGAAAAAGAUCAUCUCAAUCAGCUAGUUUGGUCCUUAAGAGAAAGAUCUCAAGUCAGUAAAGAGGUUCGAGUAAAAGAUAUUGAAAGAGAAAACAAAUCUCUGCACGAAACCAUAACAGAGAUGAGCAGCAAACUCAACAAGAGCGAGUUUGAAAAGAAGCAGCUACACAAGGAUUUUGAGCAUGCCAGAGAGAAGGUAGAACGAGUGGAGACGAUGGAGAAGGAACUCCACCGGCUCGAAAGGGAGAAUACGAAGUUGGCCCAAAAAAUGACAGCCAUGAAAAUGGUUACAGAGAAAGUCGAAGCCCUGGAAAAUGAGAAUGGAGGACUAGAGCUGGAGAAUAGGAAGCUGAGGAAGUCACUGGACACUCUGCAGAACGUCUCUGUCCGCCUGGAGAGCCUGGAGCAAGACAACAAACAGCUCGAUGAGGAGAACUUGGAGCUGCGGAAGAUGCUCGAGACAAUGAGAUUCACGAGUAGCAAGAUGGCCCAGAUAGAGAUGGAGAACAAGGAACUAGAAAAGGAGAAGGAAGAGCUCCAGAAAACUAUCGAUCUGUUGAAAGCCCUGAGCAAAAAGUCUGAGAGACUUGAGCUCAGUUACCAGGGUUUGAAUGCCGAGAAUUUGAGGCUUCAGCAGAUUCUGGAAUCCAGCAAUAAGAAGACUCAGGAGCUUGAGAAGGAACUUGAGGAGGUAGAAACGCAAAAUCAUACCUUGCAUCGGAGUCUGGAUGAGCUGAAGAUUACAAACAAACAGCUAGAACGAUUUGAAAAGGAUAAGAAGAUGCUGGAGCAGGAAGUGUCCCAGUUAGAGAAAGACAAAAAAAUACUGGAUAAGGAAACGAAGCGACUGUGGCAACAGGUGGAACUCAAAGACGCCAUUUUGGAUGAUAACGCCAUGAAAUUAGCCGCUACCGAAAAAGAAAACAAAACACUAGAAAAAGAAAUUGCUCGAUUUAAGGAUUCUUCCAGUAAGCUGAAAGAACUAGAAAAGAUUAAUAAGGACCUUACCAAGCAAGUCACCAUGCACGUGAAAACCCUCACAACACUAAGAGAGGACUUGAUCCUUGAGAAACUGAAGAGCCAGCAGUUGUCCAGUGAGCGAGACAAGCUGAGCCAAGAACUGGAAAAAGUUGGAUUGAACAAAGAACUCCUGCUGGGAGAUGAUAACAGCAAUGAUGACAAAAAAUAUAAACUACUGGAGAACAGAAAUGAAUCAACACUCAGAACGACGCUAGCCAUGAAAGAAGAUAAGAUUGUGUUCUUACAGGCCCAGAUGGAGGGGACGGUUAAUUUAAAUCAUCAGCUACAGAAUGAACUAAAAAUGGUGAAAAAGGAAUAUGAAGUCCUCAGACAGAGCCAGGAAGAUGGGAAACAAUUGCAGAACUCUUGUAAACACCCAGCAGGGAAAGUAGCCAUCAACCACCAGGUCAAAGAGAACUGGGAGCCUGGUCACCGAGAAGCCACCAUGGAGCUGUUGAAAGUCAAGGACAGAGCCAUCGAUUUGGAAAGGAAUAAUGCCGCCCUUCAUGCGGAGAAGCAGCUGCUCAAGGAACAGGUCAAGCACCUGGAAUCCCAGAAUGUGGCCUUUGGUAACCAGGUCUUGACACUUCAGAAGCAAAGCGUCUUCCUCCAGGAACACAACACGGCCCUGCAGACGCAGACUGCCCAACUGCAGGUCGAGAACUCGACCCUGAGCUCUCAGAAUUCUUCUCUCACCGCCCAGUACACUCUGCUCCAGAACCAGCAAGCGAUGAAGGAGAACGAGAACGAGAACCUGCUGAAGCAGAAGGAGCAGAUGAUGGCGGCCUACGAGUCGCUGCUUCAGGACCACGAGCACCUGAGCUCCCUGCACGAGCGGCAGUCCAGCGAGUACGAGAUGCUCAUCCAUCAGCACAGCUGCCUCAAGACCCUCCACAAGAACCUGGAGGUGGAACACAAGGAGCUGGAGGACAGAUGCAGUGGUGUGAUGAAACAGAAGGCAGAGUUAGAAGAGCUGGAGAGCAUUUUGAAAGCAGAGAGAGAAGCUUUACAUCAGGAACAAAGAACAACUGUGAUUGCCUCUGGAGAAAACCAGAGGCUGAGAGAAGAGCUGGACAGAGUGAAUUUCCUGCACGACCAGCUGAAGGGGGAGUAUGAAGAACUUCACUCCCAUACAAAGGAACUGAAGACCUCCCUCAACAACUCCCAGCUGGAGCUGAACCGCUGGCAAGCCCGGUUUGAUGAAUUAAAGGAGCAGCAUCAAAACAUGGAUAUCUCCAUGACCAAACUGGAUAACCACUGUGAACUGCUUGCCCGGCUCAAAGGGAACUUGGAAGAAGAGAACCAUCAUCUCCUGAACCAGAUCCAGAUCCUGAGUCAGCAAAACAAGAUGCUUCUGGAACAGAAUAUAGAGAACAAGGAGCAGUUCCACGAGGAGCAGAAACAGUACAUAGACAAACUGAAUGCUUUAAGAAGACAUAAAGAAAAACUAGAAGAAAAAAUUAUGGAUCAAUACAAAUUCUAUGAUCCUGCUCCAAAGAAAAAGAAUCACUGGAUUGGAGCCAAAGCCUUAGUCAAACUCAUCAAACCAAAGAAAGAGGGUUCGAGAGAGCGUACCAAAUCAACCGCCGAAAGCCCUCCGUGGCAGCCGGAGUCCACAGACCCUGCUUCUCCCCCUGCUCCCCAGCAUCUCAGAUUGCAGCAGGAGUCUCCAGAUACCGUGGCCGCCGCAGGUUCCACCAGCCAGGAGGAGAGAGAUGCACACAAUGGCCCUGGGGGGAAAGUCAUCGGUGAUUUUAAGCAGAAACGAGGUUCCCCACAUGGAGGCAGCAGUGACUACUUCGAGGGUUCCACGGACUCCGUGGUCAAGCACUGGCACACAGAGCUGGGCUCCAGGGCUCACUCCACCUCGGCCAUCCAUCUAACCCCUUCUAGCUCGACCCCCAUCCCCAGGCACACAGGCCUGCCCAAAGGAGAAAAUCUUUUAAGUUUCUGUGACUUAAAAAAAAAGAAAUCACUGAUGGGUGGCCAUCCUUCCAUUCACAGCCAUAUUUCCUUCACGGAGGCCUUUCCUGCCUCCUCAUCUCUGCCAGCCUUCCCAGGAGCCCACACUGGACCUCCACACCACGCUGGUUCCUCCGAUCGUAUUCACGGCAGAUCUGAGAGCUUUGGGAGCGAAGACCUGGUCCCCAGCAGGGAGGUGGCCACUCUGCCUCGAGACGUUGCCUUGAGCCGCUCAGCACUGGCCAUGAGCAGGCAAGAGCAUCCUCCGGCCAGGAAUGGGUUCAUCCCGCAGGAAUCUUUCCAGAAGAAUAAUCCAGGCCAGCCUCAUGCCAUCAGGCAAAGCUCGGCCUCUCCAGGCAGUGAAAUGGUGACUUUGGAAGAGUUUUUGGAAGAGAGCAACCGGGGAUCCCCCUCCAAUGAUACUUCCACCGGCCAGGACGACCUGCUGAAUGACUACUUUCGCAAGGCCAAUGAUCCUCCUGCCAUCGGAAGCCCCCUGGGGCCGCCCCUCAGGAAAGAGGGCACCAAAAUGCCCACCAACUUUGUGGCGCCCACCAUCAAAAUGGCGGUCAACACAGCCGAGGGGAAGCUGCUCAAGCCGGGGCAGUACGUGAAGCCAAACUUCAGGCGGACGGAGGCCGAGCCUCCCGCGCAUCCCCCUGGCUCCCUGCGGUCGGCCCAGCCUCCCCAGAGCCUGCCUCUGGGCAAGCCUAAGCAGGCCGCCUUGGCCCCUCCGGCGAGCGCCCCGGCGGGCAGAGCGGCCUCCCUGAGCAGGGCCUUCAGCCUCGCCUCGGCAGACCUGCUCCGAGCCAGCGGGCCAGACGCGUACAAACAGGAGCCCUCGCAGAAGCUGGGGGCGGACGGCCCCGGGGGCAGAGAAGCCAGAGAAGCGGGCGGCCAGGCCCUUCGGCUCGCUCCCCCGUCCUCCUCCUCCUCCUCCGGCCCGCACGGGCUCUCCAGAGAGAGGCCCCAGUCGGCCAAGAUCGCGGCUGCUUGUCAGGGGCCCGGCCCCCGCCACCGGCAGUUUGACUCGAGGCGCUUCUCCCUGGCUCCCCCGAAGGAAGAGAGGCUGCCUCUGCUUCCGCCCUCUUCCACAUCUCCCGCCAUCUCCUCGAGCGGCGGCGGGACGGGCCUCUCCCAGCAGCAGGAGCCCCCGAGCCCCGGGCCGGGCCAGCCCUUCUCCUCCAUCCCCGCCUCCGCGGCCAGGACCAAGCCCAAGAGCCCGCCGCACGCCGGGGAGGUGGCGACCGUCGCCCCCGUCCGCCCGGCGCCCCAGCUCCCCGAGGGGGACGGGCCCCCCUGGCAAGGCCCGAGCGACGGAUUCCUGUCCAAGGGCCAGACGCGAGCUGCCGACGCCGCUCACUCUCCCGCGCUCGAGGAGCUCUCCAGGGGAGGAAACGCCAAGAGCACCCCCGGCUCCCCGGAGCCCAGUGGGGACCAGCAGACUGUGUGGUACGAGUACGGCUGCGUGUGACCUGCCUCCCGGGGCGGGGAGGGCCGCUCGGACAGACUUCACGAGGGACUAUGUUGGCUUGACUUGUCGUUUUUUGGGUUUUGUCUUUUGCCUGUGAUGCAGGGAAGAAGGGGGGCGGCUUUAGGGGAAAGGAGGGGUUUCCGAGAUCUUUUUUUUUUUUUUAAUUGAAACACUGUGCCAAGUCUUUAAGAAGAGCAUUCCACCCCCCAAAUUUGUAACACGGCCUGUUUAUCUGCUGCUUCCAGUAAUUUAUUUCUCCUGAAUGAAGUACACUUUAGCGUGAUCAAUAUUUAAAAUUAAAUGGUUGAAAUUUCCUUCCCUCUGUUCCAGACACUAUCAUAAAUCCCUGCUAAGACACUUUUUUUUGGUUGUUUUUGUUCUUUGGGAACCAGUCUUUAAGAAGAGACACAUUCGUAAAAUGGAAGCUGGUUUGAUGUGGGCUGGUGUCUCCUGGGUGCGCCUUCUCUUUCCGUAGCGUGGCUUGUGACCGCUCUGAACACUCACAGCAGGCUUUCCGAAUGACUGUCGUCCCCACACCACCCCCAAAAUUGUCUCUCGGCGGGUACUUUUCUGGUGAUAAACUUUUCCAGAUUCAGCGAGGUCAGACAAGAGAUAUUAGCCAUCAUGGGCUCCCUACUCGGAGCUUCCUGGCUUGCAGCCCCUUCUUGGAGAGGGGAAAUUGGGAGCAGGGUCGGGUCCGAGUCAACUCAAGAGAUAACUGGGGGGAAGGGAUGCAGGGAGGUGGCCCAGUGGAUUGAGAACCAGUCCUAGAGAAAAGGGAGGUAUUGGGUUCACAUGUGGCCCCAGAUACUUAGCCAUGUGAUCCUGAGAAGUCAUUUAACUUCCAUCGUCUAGCCCUUACACUAGCCUUGGAACUGGGUGAUGGGUGGGAGGGACAGACAGACAGAUAGACACACCUAGGAACCACUGUGAUACUAAGCCACCUAAGCAUGGGGAAUGUCCCCGAGCUGAGUUUAUUUUUACAAAUGAAAUCUUCAGCAGUUUGAUUUCUCUAACUCCCAAGUACCACGGGGAUCCUUCAUCCAAGGAUUCUUUGUCUCCUUUGAGGCUGGUGAUGGAUGGGGCUAGGUCAAGGUGCUUACCUGCCAAUUCACACCAGCUAGCCUGUGCUUUAGCUCUGAGCCCCCACCCAGGGCAGAGCCGGGUUACUUUCCUUUCACUUUUCUACAAACACUGGAGCUCCUAUGUGCUGGGACCUACUCUGGAAGAUGGCCCUGGGGAAGGCGGGAGGAAGGCUGUUUCCCAGGCCCAGCAUUUGUAAAUAACCAUGUAAAUGAAAAGAAACUUGGGGGCUUCCCCCACCUCACCCCCCUUAUAGGGGA